AUGGCAAAAGACAUCGGGAAGGUGCUUAAAGCCGGCAAAGCCUUUAAAGGUGCCUUAAGGGAGGCGAAGGAUGGACGUGGCAGCUCCAAGGCCGUAGACCUUGAGGUUCCCCUGAACACCGAGUUCUGUGGUACCACCCUACGGAAGCUCAUGAAGGCAGAGGGCAUCACACGUGAGGAGGCCACAGCUGUCUUCCUUGCGUGGCAGGCUUCGUGUGAGGAGCAGGGUCUGCCGAGCGGGCCCACCCCUAAGGCAAAAGCCCCGAAAGCAGCCGACACCAAAACGCGAGUCACCGGCAAGCGUCCUCCCUCUCCUGAGCAGCCUGCCACCAAGAAGCCAAAGAAGGCAAAGGCAGAGGAUCCGGGCCCAGAUCCUAUGGUCUUUGCUCCCGCAAGUGCACAGGAUGUCGCUGAUUUCUUCGGCACAGAGAAGGAGAACGUGCUGAAGAAUAAGAAGCAAGAGUCCGCCAACGAGGUCGAGGACCUCGAUGGUGAGCCGUGGGAUGAGAACGAGGGCUUGGAAGAGGAUUGGGAGGAUUCGGGAGACUGGGAGGAAGGCUGGGAGGAAGGCUGGGAAGGCUCAACAGAUGAGUAUGAUUGGGAGGCGGAGUACCCUGGCUUUUGGGACGCUUAUUGGGAGCAUAAGUAUGGGGAUGGCUUGGAAGCCAAGCUUGAAGCGCUUGUGGAUGGCCAGGAGCAAGCCCUGGCACUCUCUUGCCCAGCAGGACCUGCCGAACCAAAGGAGGGGACCACACAAGAAGCCGCAAGCACACCAACAGGACCUGCCGAACCAGAGGAGAGGACCACAGGAGAAGCCGCAAGCACACCAACAGGGACCCCGUGCAUGCCCCAUGAUCCAAGCCAAGCGGACACCCAACCCUUGGACACGGAGAUGCAACAGCUUGAAAUUCACAACAAGCAUUUGCAGGAUAUGCUGCGACGACAGAAUGCUACAUCCUUCGGUUCUGCUAGCCCAACAAAAGGUGUGGAGCCGCUGUCAGCCAAGACUAUUCAGGAGGAUCCUAAGGAUGCCACCCCUGCAAUGACGAGACCUAUUGCCACGCCUGUUCGAGCCCCUGCUCCAGCCGCUCUACCGGCUCUACCAGCUGCUCCCGCCGAGGUGCCACAGUGUUCUGAUCCCCAGGAGCCUGAGGUGAAGGAGAAGAACAAGGUGCUCAGAAAGUUCAUCUCUCACGGCCAGAAUUGCAAAGCUUGUGAGGCAGAGCUGCUGGUGUUAAAGGAGCAAAGCCUCACAGGAGGAGGCGAAAAAGAUGAACACAGCCCUGACAACCUUUCCCUGACGCGCUUUUGGGUCGUGGUGGACCGCGAGAAGACCGAGAUGGAGCAAUCAAAGAUCCGUGCUCAGAUCAAAGUCAAUGCGGUAGCCGAUGAAGCUUUCAUGGCUGGCUUGGGGUCGAACGGCUUGCCGUCGGUUUUGCACCGAAGUGCCCCUGCGACUGCUGCGCACCCCUUAAAUGGGGAUGUGCUCAAGGCCUUUGACAAGUACAACACCGGGCUUCAGGAAGCUGCUGCUGCGGCCUGUGGCUUGUCUGAGCUGUGUGAAUGCAACUGCGGUUUGAUUAAGUUCGUGCUACGCUGCUACGUGCCACCCAAAGGCAAUGCUAGUGGUGCCGGUCGUGGGAAAGCACCGAAGAAACGUGCUGGUGCGAAAUCUGUGGCUUCUGCUGCGACGACAAAAACCAGGGCAAGCUUGCUCAACGAAGUCUUCAGGACGGAUGAGGAUAAGCAUCAGCGAUGGAGUUUCUAG